AUGACGUCCGCAAAGCGGCUCAAAAAAGCUGCUCGAAUCAUUCUCAUCGGAGCUCCGGGUGUUGGAAAAGGUACACAAACAGAGCGACUACUUGCGCGAUUCCCACAGUUGGCUGCUAUCAGCUCGGGGGAUUUAUUACGAGAGAAUGUCAGAAAGAAGACUGCGCUAGGCCUCCAAGCCGAAGCGCUCAUACAAGCUGGAAAUCUUGUGCCCGACGCCGUUAUGCUCGAUCUCAUCUCCUCAGAACUAGUCACAAAAGGAUGGCUGAAGCCCUCCGAACCUACAUCAACACGGCAACCCUCAUCAGCGUCUUCCUCCACGACAGCUUCCUCAUCUUAUAACCAACACAAACAACCAUCACCGUCGAUAGCACCAUCCGCCUCAUUCAUCCUAGACGGUUUCCCACGAMCCGCCAUGCAAGCCACAAGCCUUGACCGAAUCCUACCUAUAAAUUUCGUCGUGCACCUCUUCACACCCCCCUCGGUCAUUAUAUCCCGAAUAACGAAACGCUGGGUCCACGCGCCCUCCGGCCGAGUUUACAAUACAGAGUUCAACCCUCCCAAAGUCGAGGGUAAGGAUGACGUUACGGGCGAACCACUGACGCAAAGAGCAGAUGAUUCGAUAGAUACAUGGAAGCAACGAUUAAAGAAAUUUGACGAGUCUAGUAAAGCGCUUAUUGAGCAUUAUGAGAAGCAGGGUUCGCUGUGGAGGGUCGAGGGGGAUUCAAGUGAUGAGAUUAGUCCGAAGUUGUUUGCCGAGAUUGAAAGGAGGUUUGCUUAA